ACGCCCCCUUCCUGCCUUUCUUGAACCAGUCUUGGUCUACGCCACGCCUCUUUCCUUAUUACCUCUUCCAUUUUCCAUAUCCUCCUCUUUCUUUCUCUGCAAGAGGGAAAGAAAAUUUUCCAAAAACCACUCCGGAAAAUCCCAAAUAAAGAUACGAGAAAGAUAAUCACAAGGUGCAGGAGAACUUGAUUUCUUGAAGGAAGAAUGCUUGAAUGGGAACAUCUUCUGUUGGUGGCUCUGUCUAUUAUAGCUCUUGUAAUCAUUUUUAUUGUGUUGAUUCGGAGAUGCUCUUGUUUCGGAAAAGGGAAAGGCGUUGUUAACGCGACGACAACUAGAACACAGAGCUUGCAGGAUGGGAUUGCGAAGCUUCAUCAAGGAAGUCUUCGUCAUCAGCUUGAAUUAGACGGCAAAAGAAGAGGAAAUUAUUAUGUCUUUCGACGUGGGGUUUCAGCCAGACCUUUGUUCAGUUGGGCUGAUCAUCCGUCGCUUAUUACAGACGCAGUUGAAAAUGGGUGGUCUAGAUUUGGUUUUACAGGUUAUAUGUCGUCUCCAUCCACACGAUCAUCCCUGUUGGGUUUCUGCGCAGUUGGUGAUAAUGUAAAAGAAGGGGAGACGGAGAUAAGCUGGGAAGUUUGUCAAGGAUCAGCUGAUUUCAUGCAAAAGAUAAGAUUAAAUUCUGGGAUAAAGAAGGUUAAUGUAAGUAAUCCUUCUAUGUUUGCUGCAUCUGUAAUUAGAACUGCUUUGCCUCUACCAGGGCCUCCCUUAGGGAAUUCAGCUUUUCCUCAAGAGGCCUACUUUGAGAUCACAAUUUUGUAUUCUCAAGGUAAGGAUCAUGACGAGUCCAUCACCAAGGUUAAGGAAGGCGAGAAGACUAAACUUAUCCAAGAAAAUUCUAACCCAAAACUGAAUUCAGAAUCUUUAGUACAUGUUAGUAGCAGUCAUCGAUUCAACAAGAUUGAAGAAUUGAAGCUCGCUGGUAAAGAUGAUGGCAAGGAUGAAGCAGUUAUGUUAUCUUUAGGGCUCACUACAGGAGGCUUUCUUCCUCUGAAACAUCCUGGAAGCUAUCCAGGAUCCAUAGGAUUCAACUCCAAUGGCUCAGUCUACCUUGAAGGGAUGAAAUUGGUGUUUGAAUCAGAGAAAGGAGAAUGGGCAAGAAGAGAUAAAGUAAUUGGUUGUGGAUUUGAUCCAAGGCAAAAGAAAGUGUUUUUCACAUUAGAUGCAGAACUGGUGCAUGUAAUUCAUUGCAAGUCGGAGGAAUUUGGGACACCAUUGUACCCAACAAUUGCAGCCAAUAAUGACAUAUUAGUUCUUGUUAAUUUUGGACAAAGUGCUUUCAGUUAUGCGCCUGCAAAUGCUCAACGAACACCGAAUCCUUGCUUCAUUGGGCCUCUUGUAAAUUCCUCUGCUUUGGGGUAUGACGAUAGCAAAGAACUCUUCUCAAUGGGAAGGAUAGACUCUCAGUGGCUUAAUAGAAGUACAACUAAAGGUUCCCACAACAGCAAUGGUACUAAUAAUAACCGGACAGUUGAUUUCGAUGAAGAAUCUGAGGCUGAUUUGUUUGAAAUUGUCUUGGAUGGUUCUGCUUCUGCAACUGGAAGAUCUCCAAGCACAGUGUUGCGCUAACAAUUUUCUGCAAAGGGUAUCUACUGUUUCUGUUGGCUGAGUGCCAUGGAUUUGUCUUUUGCUAUAUAGUUAACAUCAGAGAAAUUCAACAGAUAGAAACAGGUUUUGUGAGGGCCAUUCUUUAUUGAUACAUUUUCUCUACCAAAGAAUACACAAUCUUGUACAGCAAAUGCUUCUGUUCAUUCCAAGUUGUGGUCCUUUACUUUCACAUGAAAAUGUUAAAGUCUUGCUUCUUUUA